AAUUUCUGCAAAUCUGUCACUUCCGGUUUGGUGUGUUUGGCAAAACUGACGUGGCAGGCGUUGAAUUUCUUUAAUUUUCGAUUAGUAAAGCAAAACAUAAGUUAAAUUAUAUAAUUCCUUUGUUGUAUGAUAUCAGUUCUUUAUUUACCUAUUGCUAAGAGACCGUAAAUCAAAAUGGGUUUGACGUUAUCGAGCGUUUUCAAUCGGUUGUUUGGAAAGAAAAACAUGAGAAUUCUUAUGGUUGGACUUGAUGCUGCCGGGAAGACGACAAUUCUGUACAAAUUAAAGCUUGGAGAAAUUGUGACUACCAUUCCAACCAUAGGCUUUAAUGUAGAGACUGUUGAAUACAAAAAUAUCAGCUUCACAGUAUGGGAUGUCGGUGGCCAAGAUAAAAUCAGACCACUGUGGCGACAUUAUUUCCAAAAUACACAGGGUUUGAUAUUUGUAGUAGAUAGUAAUGAUAGAGAAAGGGCACAAGAGGCACAAGAAGAACUCCAGAAAAUGCUUGGCGAAGAUGAAUUGAGAGAAGCCACUUUGUUGGUUUUUGCAAACAAGCAGGAUUUACCGAACGCCAUGAGCAGUGCAGAAAUUACAGAAAAAUUAAAGCUUAAUGAGCUACGAAACAGAAAAUGGUAUAUCCAAGCAACUUGCGCUACUCAAGGUAAUGGAUUGUACGAAGGACUAGACUGGUUAUCCAGUGAACUUUCAAAGUGAUGAUAAUUAGACUGUGUUACAAGUUUAUAGACUGUGGGACUAAAUUAUAGGGAUAGAAAAAGUACUUGCUAAAAAUUUAUAGAUUUCUUCCAAGUGUUUAAAGAUGAAGAUUUCAUGCAUGAACAACUACAUGAUUCCUUGGAAUGGCUUCUAAAUCGUUUAGAGAAAGUUGUCCUGUUCAUUUCUUUAAAAUUCAACUUCUUAUGAAAUUAACACUUUUUUUCCCAAUUUUUCUUUACAAAUUGCUACAAAAAGUGUUUUUGGUUGUAGUGGUGAAACUUGUCUUUACAACUUACAAUAUGUUUGAAAUUUUUUAAUCUUUACUAGAAAUCUAUAAAUUAAGCUAUUGCUGAAUAGUGUAUGGAAUGAAAAGACUUCGGCAAUUAAUUGAGCCAGCUAUUUUUAAACAAGAUGAUAAAAAAGUACGCUUAAAGAUCCUGUAAAGCAAUUUUCUUAUGGUUUGAUAUAAGAAAUAUAAUGCUCAAUUGAAGAUUUAUCAAUAUUGUAAGUUCCAAAAAGCAUUAUUUGUUAAGAUAUUACUGAAUUUACAUUUCAUGUUAAUAAAGGGAGGUAAAUCGAAAUUUAUUUUCUAUAAAGUCUAAGUCAAAUGUUUCAAUAAGAAAUGAAUCAUAUAUUUUAAUGAUUACAUAUAAUGUGACAAAUAUUUGCAGUACAUAUUUUACAUAUUCUUUGAUGUUUGAAAAUUGUUUUAGAAGCAUUAUUAUAUACAUAUAUAAAAUUUCACUAAGUGUGAUUACAACCUUAAUGACGACAUACAGGAUCUUUAAAUUUAAGCUGUUGAAGUUAAUAUAUAUGCUUGUAGACUAUUUAUUAUUGUGUACAUAAGUCGUUUUAACAUUUAAGUCUUUUCUCUGUAAGGUAUGAAACUUUUCACUUUUGUUUUUGUUUGAUGGGAACAGAUCUUUAGGGAAAAAUAUUAAAUAUUUUUAUUUUUGUGUAGACCCUUAAUGUGAUGUGUGGAAGGAAAAAAGAUGGAUGUAAUAUUUUUGCAACAAAAAAUGAGAUUUUUUUGUUACCAUGGCAAUGUGUUUAUUGUUUAAUGGGUGGAAAAACAUAUUAAGCUUUACCCCAUGUGAUUAUUUUAUCUACACAAUAACACAAAAAUUCAUAACUAAACCUGAAAUGCAAUGAGUCGAAAUCAGUGGCUCAGAAUUGGUGUUUGGUACACUGAUGAAAAGUUGUUCCGAUUUGAAUUUUUUGUAAGAAUUCAGGAGUUAGUAAAAAAAAAACUACAUGUUUGUCUAGUCAGCAAGGUCACAUGCUUGUGUUUUACUGACUUUGAUAUUGAAAAAAAUAAAUAAAUUUGUGCUAAAUUGCUUGAUAUUAGCUGUUUUAUGUUUAGUGAAAAAUCCUUUGAAAUGAAUUUAUGGCAUGCUGUUUAUUAAUGCUUUUUUCAUCACAGAUCUUUCAACUUUAUUUCAGUAUCAAGGUUUUUUUAUUUUUCAUUCCAAAAAUAUAUAUAUACAAUGUAUAUAAAACAAUGGGGACACAUAAGCUUUGUUUUUAUUGUUAUUUCCAUUUAUGUACGUGUGUUAAAGUAUAAGUUUAUGUUGCAUAUGCUGACAAAAAGUUUGAUCAUUUGCAUGCUAUUUUCAUAACAUUUGAUUGUGAUGCUCAUUUGUGAAGGUGUAAUAAAGUACAUGUAUGUUUUA